UUCUUGAUUCUGCAACGCUUCAAAAAUUAUAAUAUCAGAAAAUGGAAAUAGGAAAUAAGGUUUACCUAAAUAACAUUGAUCAGAUAGAUGAAAAAUCGCAUAUCAAGGUUCGGGUGCUUAAAAUUUGAAACUUUGUCAGAAAUAAUAAAGUUUGUUCCAUUGAAAUGAUCAUCAUGGAUGAGGAGGGUACACAAUACCAAGCUCGUGUCUUCAAUCAGAAUUUCUCCAGAUUUCGUCAUCUUUUAAAGGAAGAUGAAAGUUAUAUAGUUAUAAAACCCAAUAUGGCUGCUGUUACUAAUGGUUUUAGUUAUACAGAUGUUAUUGGACAUAUCGUGUCAUUUAUGCCUCUUGAAACUUCAAAUCCAGUACCAUCCAAGCAUUAUAUAAAAGUCACUCUUAGCAACCUAGAUUCUGUACAUCUGAAGGUUACUAUUUUUGGAAGUCAAGCAUAUCAAAUUUCAGAAUACCUAAAAAAUAACCCGACUGUUAAUUUUGUUGUUAUCGUGAUGCAGUUUUUGAAGCUAAACAUUUGGAAUGGUCUUGGUGAAGCUAAAAGUCAUUUUGAAGUAACGAAAUUGUUCAUAAAUUCUGACAUUUAUGAAAUAAAUGAGUUUAAAAAUAAGUUGAAAUGUCAUGACAAUUUCGGUAUAACUGAAAAAAGCAUAACUACACUUCAAAGCUACUCUUCUUCAUAUACAGAUGACUUUAAGGGCAAUUUUCCAUUAAAAACAAUCUGUGAGAUCACCGAACCAAUUAAGGAAAUGAAGUUUUUAUUAGUUGCUUCCAUUGUUAAUAUAAGGCAGAAUCUACCAUGGUAUUAUGAAGCAUGCAAAAAAUGUGGAAAAAAAAUUAUCCCUGUUCCCAAAACCAAUCAUUCGUAUACCAACCCUGAGGGAAUUUCAGAAACUAUGGUUGUCGAGUGUACAAAUGCACAAUGCAAAAAAUCUGAAUUUCAGUAUAUAAUUCCAAUUAACGUACAAGAUUGUACCGGAACCAUUGGAUUGACUCUUUUUGAUAGGGAAGCAAUGAGGUUGUUAAAUAUAAGUGCCUACGAGUUGAAAAAGAUACAUGAUGCGGCCGGAGACAGUGAUGCCCUAUUUCCAAUGCAACUUAAUGUGUUGAAAAACCGCAAGUUUGGUUUUGUUGUAGAUAUUACAGAAUACAAUGUCAACAACUAUAAUAACAUCUACACAGUUCUCAGAGUUACAGAAGAUAUGUCCAUUGUUUGUGAAUUGGAAAGUAAAAUAGAACUUAUGAGUAAUCAAUCUGUCUCCUUAAAUCAAGUUGCUUUGGAAUCCGAUGAUGUUGUACAGCCUGUUCAAAAGGAUGUGAUCUCACAAACAGACGAAAGUUUUACACCCUCAACAGUUGAUAAGUCAACCGCAACAAGUCCUUGCAAAAUAUCAGGUGAUUUGAAGCGCAACCUCCAAGAAAUUUAUGAUGUUGAUUCUGGAUAUGAUUUAAGUUCAACUAAGGCUAAAAGAAAGUCAACCGCAAGAGAAACUCCACUCUUGAUUCCAAAAUUGAAAGUGAGUUUCUAUCGGUUAUAA